AUAUUAUCUUAAUAAUUUGCAUAUGUUUUGCUCCCUCUUGAUCCAGCUGAUUUUUGGGCUAUUCCCAUCUUGAAGCAAAACAGUUUCUAAAUAAAGUACAGCAGUGAAUUAUUUUCCAAUUUAACGUAACUGAUGACAUGAAAAGGAUAAGCAGCAAAAUUGCUACAAAAAAAAUAGAUGCUAUAAGUUAUUGAGGACACCAAUUGUUUACAAAAUCAAUAAAUAGUUAGCACAAGUAAUGGCAUAUAAAAGUAGGCACAAUUUCAAAUUAAAGUGCUUUGACCUAGUCAUAUUACAAAGAGAUAAAAAAAAACUCUCAGAUACAGAUUGUAAUAACAAAUCUCUGUUGUGUUAGUGGCCCAUAUGCUUAUAAAUUUGUAGCACAUACGGACAGCAGAUUAAAGUAAUGACUGUAAAAAAAUCUUAGUAUUAAAAACAGCACAAAGAAGUCUGUCACUAUUCUUAGUCAGGAUUUCCAUCUUAUGUAAAUUGCUUAAAGAAUAACACUUUUAUUAAGUUCUCCAAGCUAAACUCUAGUUUCUUUAAAUCUCAGAAGUCUGCUGCCUAUUGCACCAAAGCCAACAAGCCAUCAGCUGAGUUCUUUUGCACUCCCCUGGACUCUUUAAAAGCCAGUCAAUGGUGGCUUCUAAGAAUUGCCUUGUAAUGGGGUGCAAGGCUUGUGAAAAGCCAAAGGUUAGUUAUAAGAAAGGGCUGUGGUCACCAGAUGAGGACCAGAGGCUGAGGGACUUUAUCCUUAAGCAUGGCCAUGGUUGCUGGAGUUCAGUUCCUGCCAGAGCUGGCCUGCAACGAAAUGGAAAGAGCUGCAGAUUGAGGUGGAUCAAUUACCUGAGGCCAGGACUAAAGCACAGUGAUUUUACUCCUGAAGAGGAGGGAAUAGUUAUGAAACUUCACACCCUUUUGGGCAAUAAGUGGUCUCAAAUAGCAAUGCAUCUACCAGGAAGAACUGAUAAUGAAGUAAAGAACCAUUGGAACACCCAUCUCAAGAAGAAACUGGUAAAGAUCGAAGGAUCAAGCUCACAUGCCUCCAUGACCAAAUCUCUAGAAUCAGACAGCCAGUGUCCAAAACUGGAAAAAUUAAUAGAUGAGAACAGUAACCAAAUCUCACUUUCAGAAUCCUCAGAUUCAUUGAAAUCAGUGUCCCCAACACCAUGCCAAUCAAUACAUGUUACCAACCAUGCCCCCUUCCCAAAAAUCCUAUUUGCAGAUUGGUUACCAAUGUUCAGUGGCAAUGACCAGAGCUCAUCAGCUCCAGAAUCUGAUAGAGUGAACUGCCAAAAGGAAUCGACUCUGAACUCUGAGGUUCUUAGUCCUAAACUUAUGCAGUUUGACACGAUAUUUACUGAAGUUUUCCUUCAUGGAUUUGAAGAUGCAAGCAUCUGUGGAGGAUUUAAGCUACAGUUUGAGCCCGUAGAACAAAUUUUUGGUUUCCAUGAUCAAGCUUACACCGGUUUGGAGCUGAACCAUGACAUGUUUGUUAAUCUGUAGGUGAAGGUCAUAUAUGUUUCAAAAUUCACGAAAUUUUCUAUAUAAGACAUUGCUAUGUAGUUGAUCCUAUUAUGAGGAAGCACUUUUACUUGUUUAUUUCAUUUUUUCUUCACAUGAACCUGAUGACAUGCCCUUGUUUGUUCCCUUCUCAAAUAAAAAAUUGUCAGCAUCAGUAGCUAAACUGGUUUGUUGAUUGUUCUUUCUUUCUUUCUUGCGAAGUAGUUGAAUUAAUUCAAGAAUAGGAUAAAGGAUGAGCAUAUGCCUUCUGCAUCAUUCCUAUCCUCCUUAGCAAGCUACAAUCUUUUUCUCAAGCCAUACUUACUAGGAUAGCUUUAAUUCGUUUACUUUAUCCAUGGACCAUGAUCAACUCAACUCCACCUAUUCUAGGGUUCCAUGUUUCAUCAUUAUGGUCUACUCAUUCUUUCUUAGAAUAGACUACUAGUAGGAGAACUAUCUUCCUAAAUUCUAACUACAAAGAAACAUAAGGAAUAAAUAGAUGGAAGUGCUAUACAUGGAUGCAAAAUAUUCCAGUAUGCUAAUGGCCUAAGAGAAAGAGCCAAUUAUCUGAUGUUGACUCACCAAAGUAGCAAGUUCUUUUGUUCAGAAUACCAGAACAUUGAAACCCAUCUUGUAUUCACUGGAAAAUGCAGAUCUCAUGUAGUAUUUGAUCAAUCACUGUCAAUUGCAUAU